ACUUUUUUUUUCUCGAUUGUUGCACAAGGAAUGAGAGUGUGUAUAAGAUAAGGUAUUAUGUCUUAUGGUAAAGUUUUUAAUAUUAGAAAGUUAUUUAUUAUUAUUAUAAAGAUACAGCAUGCUUGCUGGAACUUUAAGAAGAGUUAAAAAACUGUGUCCCUCUAUACUAUUUGUAACAGUAACUGUUAUUUUAUUAUUAAAGAUAUAUUUUUAUAAAAAAGACAAUGAAAUGCAUCCGAAACACGUUAUAAAAAAAAAAGAUCAGGAAGAGUACGUAGACAAACAUGGUAUUAGAGUUGUGGUGGGUCAUUAUAGAGGGGAUACGUCACGCGUCGUACCUGCCGCUUCAAAUGAAACUAUCAAUCAAAAUAAUUUCAAUCCAUCCCCUAAUGCGGGGAAAAAUGGACAACCCCUGGUUAUCAAUAACAAAGAUUACGUAAAAACACAACAAUUGUACGAAAUAAAUCAAUUCAAUUUAUUAGUUAGUGAUCAAAUACCGUUAAAUAGAACGUUGCCAGAUUUUAGGAGAAAAAGAUGUAAUAAACUUUUUAACGAUUACAAAUCAUAUCCUAAAACUAGUAUUAUUAUCGUGUUUCACAACGAAGCGUGGUCAACUUUAUUGAGAACAGUUUGGAGCGUCAUCAAUAGAUCCCCAAAAGAAUUAAUCGAAGAAAUAAUAUUAGUAGAUGACGCCAGCGAACGAGCUUUUUUACGAAAGCCUUUAGAAGAUUAUAUCAAAUCGUUACCGAUAAGAGUAAUAAUAUUGAGAAGUGUCGAAAGGAUAGGCCUUAUAAAAGCUAGGUUAAAAGGAGCUAGAGCCGCAAAAGGGGAGGUACUAACUUUCCUAGACGCCCAUUGCGAAUGUACGGUCGGUUGGUUAGAGCCUCUUCUACAUGUCAUAAGUAAAGACAAAACGACCGUAAUCUGUCCCACCAUAGAUAUUAUUAAUCAUGAUACUUUCGCGUACGUUAAAAGUUUCGAAUUGCAUUGGGGUGCGUUCAACUGGAAUCUUCAAUUUAGAUGGUAUACUUUAGGGGGUGAGCAGAUGAAGCGAAGGCAGUACGACAUUACUCAGCCGUUUAAUUCCCCGGCAAUGGCCGGCGGUUUAUUCGCUAUGGAUAGAAACGCGUUUUUCGAAUUUGGCGCCUACGAUGAGGAUAUGAAUAUAUGGGGCGGGGAGAAUUUGGAAAUGUCGUUACGGAUAUGGCAGUGCGGAGGGAAAAUUCAAAUAUCUCCGUGUUCGAGAGUCGGACAUGUUUUCCGAAAAUCUUCUCCGUAUUCAUUUCCGGGGGGAUUGGAAAAGACUCUGUAUACGAAUUUGGCCAGAGUGGCGGUAGUGUGGUUGGACGAAUGGGCGGAUUUUUUUUUUAAAUUCAACGAACAGUCGAGGAAAGUGAAGGAGCAUCAGAACGUUAGUUCAAGGGUCGAUUUGAAAAAGAGAUUGAAGUGUAAAAAUUUUUCCUGGUAUUUGGAUAACGUUUGGCCGCAACAUUUUUUUCCGAAAGACGAUCGAUUUUUCGGAAAAAUAAAAAAUAUCGGCAAAAAUAUGUGCCUUUUGAAACCCGAUCAAAAAAAUUUCAUGAAUCAACCGAUGGGAAAAGCCACCCUUGACGUAUGUUUAGAUGAGAUCGAAAUAGAAAUGUUUAUCAUGACAAAAGAGGGUUACAUAAUGACGGACGAUUCCAUUUGUUUGGACGCACCAGAAAAACCAAAAAGUGGUUCGAUGAAAGUUCGAAUUGUCGCCUGUCAUUUUAUCAGUAGACAGAAGUGGGAAUACGAUAAAAAGACAAAAGAAAUACGACAUGUAACCAAUCAAAAAUGUCUGGAUGUGAAAACUUCCAUGGGAUCUGUUCAAGAAGUUCUUAUAAACGAUUGUGAUAAAAGGAAAACUCAACAAUGGAUUUUAGAAGAUGUAUCUUGGAAAUAAAUGCUUUCUUAAUAUUUAAAAAUGUUAUCUAUAUUUUUUUUAAUAAAAUGAUAUUUUUUGGUUUUUAUUUAA